UCCAAAAUUAAUUCGAUACGAGUAUUUUUUAAGUUUCAGUUUUUGCCUGAGAAAAUUAAUUUUAAUUGCAUUUCGAAGUGAUUAUGGAUUUAUAAUUCAGUAAUAUACUGCUCUUAUUCUCCCUUGAAAAAAGGUAUUCCUUAAAGUUUUUGGUCGUUAGUUCUUCUAUCGACGGUGUUGCGCAUUUUUGCCCGGUGAUUUAUCAUCGUACCGCGUACGAGCACUGAAUUUUUUCUGAUGGUGAGCUCCCGGAGGUGUUGUGGAAACCGGCCUGAUUCAUCUUUGAUCGUGCGGGAAUAGGAUCCUGCUAGACGACUUGUUUUUUGUGCGAACCCGGCCUGUUCGUGGCUGACCAUUUAAAAUGGCAACAAGAGCAGAAAAGCGGUUCGGCGGAAAUUUACCGCAGCUUCAGAACCUCAUCAAGCGCGAUCCCAUUACUUAUGAAUCAGAGUAUACCCAGCAACUGCGACAGUUUGAAUCCUUCCUGAAAAUCUACGCCAGCAAUCCAAACGAGGACCAUGGUCAUUUUGACAGCCUCAUAUUAUUUCUCGCACAUGUAUCGCAUUGCUACCCGGACAAAGCAAGGGAGUUCUCGGAGAAUAUAUACACAUUUCUAAAAGAGCAUUACAACAGCGUCAGUUCGGGAACACGGCAGGCUUUGUGCAAAGGGCUGAUGCUUUUGCACAAGCGUGGCAUUGUCGACGCGGAAAAGAUCCUUCCAUUAUUUUUUGAAAUGCUAAAAUCUCAAGAUAAGCACAUUCGUGCAAUGCUGUCGGAGCAAAUUGUGUCCAUGAUCAAGGCAAUGAAUGCAAAACACAAGAACCAGAAAGUCAAUUCGAGGAUACAGAAUUUAUUCCUGGAAAAAAUUAAGGAAGGACACCAAACAGUAGGAUUGGUGGCGCUGGAAUCUGUGAUACAUUUAUACCGGAAAUCAGUAUGGAAAGAUCAGAAGGCGGUUAAUAUAAUUGGACAAGCAUGCCUCUCAGAUGUUGCAAAGUUGAUCCAUACUGCAUUACGCUUCUUUACAAGUACUGAUGAAUCGAAAAAAAAUGAUGAUGAUGGAAGUGAUUCAGAAGGAGACGUGAAAACAGCAAAAGAGCUGAUGAUGGCUCAUCGUGUAGGCAAAAAAACUAAUAAACGUCAAAAACGUCUUGAGCGAGGAAUGCGACAGAUUAAGAAAAACUCAAAGAAAAAGAAAGCAGAAAUCUUUGAUUUUUCUGCUUUGCGUAUGAUUUAUGAUCCUCAAGGUUUUGCGGAAGCAGUUUACAAAAAGAUGGAGAAGUGCAAUGCGCAGUUUGAAACGAAAUUGUUGUUUAUGGAUUUCAUCUCCCGAAUGAUUGGGAUUCAUAAACUCGUCGUUCUGAAUUUCUAUCCGUAUGUCCAGCGAUUCCUUCAACCACACCAGCGAGAAGUUACAAAAAUUCUCUUGUAUGCUGCUCAAGCCACGCACGAUAUGGUCCCUCCAGAUACGACACAACCUCUGGUUAAAGUUGUGGCAGAUAAUUUCGUGGCAGAAAGAAAUUCGGCGGAAGUGAUUGCUGUUGGGCUUAAUUCCAUAAGAGAGAUGUGCGCUCGCUGUCCAUUUGCCAUGACACCAGAGCUGUUACAGGACUUGGCACAGUAUCGCAAAUAUCGCAACAAAAAUGUAGUGAGUGCUGCCCGAUCUUUGGUGCAGUUAUAUCGGCAUGUGGAUCCGUCCAUGCUGAAACGCAAAGAUCGGGGAAAGCCGACGCUUACUAUGGAUCAGCUUAAGUUGAAAGCUUUUGGGGAAACCAAUGCUAAAGGGCAUAUAGAAGGGGCUGAAAUGUUGCCAUCCGACGAAGAGAAUGCUGAUGAAGCUGAGGGUGAAUGGGAAUCGGACAGCGAGGAUGAGGAUGCUGACAAUGAUGAUGGAGAGUGGGUUGAUGUUGCCCAGUCUGAUAACGAAGAAACGACAGGCUACAUAAAUCCUGAAGUUGAGGAACUGUCUGCAGAAGCUCGUGCAGAAAAAGCAGCGGUGGUGUCAUCCACACGUUUUCUUACUCAAAAGGAGUUUGAUGUGAUUAAAAAGCAGAAAAUUGCGGAAACUUUGAGCCUUAACAAAGGAAAAAAACGGGCUGCCGUUGAAGCAGGCUUUGAAAAGGAACCUAGUGAAUUUGUUUCCCUUUCGGAUAUUGAACGACUGGCCAAAAAACCUAAAGAGACAAAAGCUGAGAAAGUUGCCGGUGUUAAAGUUGCACGUGAAGAUCGUGGUGCGUUCGGGAAGCCUAAGCCAAAACUGAAUCCUCAUGCCAGUACGACCAAUAAACAGAAACAACGAAAGAAAAAUUUUGUGAUGUUGAAACAAAAAAUGCGAGGAAAACAGAAGCGGUCUUUCCGAGAUAAGCAGAUUGCUUUUCGAAAUGCUCUUUUGAAACAGCUGAAGAGGAAGUGAGGGACACUUCUUCAAUCGCCGGUGUGGACGCUUAAUGGUCCGCUCAUUGUUAAGCUACGCUGUUAAGUCUUUCGCAGUUGGUUUUUAAAUAGCAUGCGAAGUUUUGUGGAUCUUUUGAAAUAGACUUCAGAAAAAACUGCGCUUGCUGGAAUUUCUUGAAAAUCAGUGCGGUUAAAAACACGGACUGGCAUCACGGUGCGUGAUACGUUUAAUGUACUUACUCGUUAGAACAGU